AUGAGAUCAUAUGCAUCCCUGACUUGCAGUUCUGGACACUUUUUAAAUAAUAUUACAAACUCCUGCGACGAAUGCUCAUGCGGUGUCAGAGACUCUAAAUGCAUUGAAAGAAAUAUUUGUUUGGAGUGUGACAUUAAUCAAGCUUUUGACUUAAAUCUACUGCAAUGUGUCGACGCAUGUUCUGACCAAGAUGAGAAAGCUACAAUUCCAUUUCACCCCUACUUAAAGAGAUAAUUUAAAUAUUGCAGAUAACUUGGAACUUUAUAAUAUCCAUUUAAAUCUAUGGUUUCAGCUUUAGUUGAAUUGUUCAACUACCUACAAGCUGAUAAGAAACCAUAUGAAAUUUUGAUAAAAGAAGGAGAAUAAGAGAAAUUAUAUGGACUUUAAAAACAUAUGCAGUAAUGGAUCCAAAUUAAUUAGGAAAUUAGUCAAUCAUAAAUAUUUAAACUAGCCAAGCUUUUGCCAAUCAACUAUAUUUUAGAUUUUCCCUCAUUGAUUUUGAAUUCAACAAUAGUUACAGAUUACAUUAACGAAGGAAUCAUACUUCUGUCUGAUUGUAGCUAAAGAUAAAUUAAUUCUUAUGAAGGAGAAAUUGAAUUUUCAGGUUUAAGAGUAGUAGGGCAAAGAUACCUAGUUAUCCAGUAGCCAUUGAUCUAUAUAUAGACCCUUUAUAAUGUCACAGUAGAUAAUUCUGAAUUAAGAUCAUUCUCUUCAAUCAAUGAUGCUAGCAAGUAACAGCUAUCGAUUGAAUCAACGAGCUUGUGCCCAUUUAAUGCUGAUAAAAAAAUUAAGAAAACAUAGCUCACUAAUAGUUACAUAUCAUCUGAUGCUAUCAAUGGGAAGGACCAAACUUAAAUAUAGUAUAACAUUAACUGCGGAUAGAGGUCAGACUUUAACAAGCGGAUUUAGCAGUGCAUUAUUGAGAAUUUGACGUUUGAAAAUCUUUAUUCUGGUGUCACUUUGCUAUAUUUAUCUUAAGGGGCAUCAGAUUUAACAAUGCGAAACUUCACCUAGAAUAAUGUAUCACUUGGUCCAAUUUAAGCAAUGCAUUACUUUAUUACAGGAUUUACAACAUUGUAUAUGAUAGAUAUAAAAUUCUAUAACUGUGAAACUCAAGGCAGAGUAAUAGCUACUGGAAUUUUUACUAAUACAUACAUUGAUAAACUUGUAAUGAUAAAUAACACAUGUAAGGAUUUUAAUUCUAAUUUAAACUCUAUUGAUUAGUGGAUAAACAGAAAAAUGGAUUAUGUUUCUUUAAGAGUUCUGAAUGUUCUAUUUAAUCUCUAUGGUAAAAUUAUGCGUUCUGCAAAUCCGCUAAACCUUAGGAUCUUGAAUUCAACAAUAGUUACAGAUUACAUCAACGAAGGAAUCAUACUUUUGUCUGAUUGUAGCUAAAGAUAAAUUAAUUCUUAUGAGGGAGAGAUUGAAUUUUCAGGUUUAAGAGUAGUCGGGUAAAGAUACCUAAUUAUGCAGCAGCCAUUGAUCUAUAUAUAGACCCUUAAUAAUGUCACAAUAGACAAUUCUGAAUUAAGAUCAUUCUCUUCAAUCAAUGAUGCUAACAAGUAACAGCUAUUGAUUGAAUCAACGAGAUUGUGCCCAUUUAAUGCCGAUUAAAAAGUCAAGAAAACAUAGCUCACUAAUAGUUACAUAUCAUCUGAUGCUAUCAAUGGGAAGGACCAAUCUUAAAUAUAGUAUAGCAUUAGCUGCAGAUAAAGUUCAGACCUUAACAAGCGGAUCUAGUAGUGCAUUAUUGAGAAUUUGACUUUUGAAAAUCUUUAUUCUGGUGUCACUUUGCUAUCUUUAUCUCAAGGGUCAUCAGACUUAACAAUGCGAAACAUCACUCAAAACAAUGUAUCACUUGAUAUAAAAUUCUAUAACUGUGAAACUCAAGGAAGAGUAUUAGCUACUGGAAUUUUUACUUUUACAUACAUUGAGAAACUUGUAAUGAUAAAUAAUACAUUGGAUAAAGAGAAAAAUGGAUUAUGUUUCUUUAAGAGUUCUGCUAAUCCAACAAACGCUAUUUAUUCAUUUAACAACCUAUACUUCAAGAAUAACAAUAUUUACUCAAAUUAAAGUAUGAUAAUACAAUUAUAUACCGAUAACUCUAAAUUCGGGGCUUACAUAGUCAGAUAUGACGAAUAUAACUUGGCUAACUUAAGUGAAAAUUCAACAAUUGAAAAUGUAACAAUCAGUAAUAAUGAAGUUGACUUUUUCUUUUUUGGAGGAUUCAAAAAUACUUCUCUAACAAACAGAGAUAUUAUCUUCUAAUUGAGCCUAAAUAGAUUAAACUUCACCUCGAACAUGUAUGUAAAAGAAUCCAAUCUUAUUAAGAUAGAUUAGUUUGCUGAUGAAAGCAAUGCUUAGAUUAUAUUAAAUAACUCUUUCUUUACCAACAAUACUUUUGAAGCAGGUGGAAACUUGUUACUUGCUUCCUAAAACCAAAGACUACCUUUAAUUAUCUAAAAUACAGUGGUCACUUAAAAUUAUCAAGCUCAAUUUCAUUUUUAAGCAGGAGAUAUCAUGAAUAAAAACUUACCUUAGUCAUCUAUAGUAAAAAAUUGCUCAUUUUCAUAAAACUACUAGAUGAUUUUAUCUAUUUUUGAUAUGAAAGAAAAUACAAAAAUUUAAAUAUACUCCUCAACAUUUUAAGACAAUUUAUCAAUGUCUAGAGGCGCUGUCAUCUUAGCAGACUAUUGA